CUCUCCCACCACGAUACGGCUUGCUGGCACGGCCGAUGCCACACGAAGCGCGGCCGCACCGUUUCAGACGUUUCCCACUCGCGCCCCCGUGAAGGCCCAGACAGCAGGCGAGGAUGAAAUUGGCCAGAGCCUUGGCUUUGCGAUGUGCAGCCUCCUUGCGCGUGCCGAGCCACUAUGACAACAGCCACGUUGGUUGGCCUGGGAGACUGCAGAGGUCACGACCGUGGAAAACAGGUUCGAUGCGCCUACCACUCGUUCUUUGUGCCCCUUCGUCCUUCUUCUCCACGCCCGUCCAAUGCCUUUUGGCGAGUUUGCUUGAGCCUGUCGUGCCGUCAAUGCAGAUCCGCCGCGCUCGCCCUACACAUCACAUUGGCUUGCGUUGAACCGCCCAUUCAUGCGUAGCGUGCCUUGGCCUUCAUAAAAAAACCGCAUCUCGCCCUUCCGCCGUCCUUGGGUCCUCGAGCUGAGUGCACGUCUUCUCCAUGACGACCAGAGUCAAGCCGUCCUCUCGCCGACGAAGCAAUCCGCCGUUGCCCGUCAUGGAUCCCUACGCAACCGAGCCGAAACACCUCGACCACGAGAUGGGCCCCAGGAGCGCCUCCAUUCCCGUCAACCAAGGGAAGAAGAUCACGCCCGGGGUGCGAGCAGAGGGUGAGAGCGGCAGAAAGGGCUUCCACCCGCUGAAGUUUUUGACCAUCUGCUUCAGAAGCAGCUGCACGCUCUCCAAGCUUGUCAAUGUUCUGUGGCCCUUUGUGCCCGCAGCGUUCGCCUUGAGGUAUGCUCGCCCUCACGAGGAGCUCUGGAUCUUCAUCUUAAGCUACAUUGCCAUGGUGCCAGCUGCCAACUUGCUUGGCUUCGCGGGCCAAGAGCUUGGACGAAAGCUUCCGCAUGUCUUCGCUACCCUCCUGGAGACCACACUGGGCUCUGUCGUCGAAAUCAUCUUGUUCAUGGUUCUGAUCAGCCGUGGCGACAAGUCGGUUCCCAUCAUCAAGGCUGCUAUCCUCGGGUCCAUUCUAGCGAACCUGCUACUGUGUCUGGGCGCAUGCUUCUUUGCUGGUGGUCUGAGAAGAGAUGAACAGGAGUUCCACGAGGCCGUCAGCGAGGUCGGGAGCAACUUGAUGCUUGUUGCAGGCAUGGGACUCAUUGUCCCCGCCGUGUUCAGCUCCGCCCUCAACAUCACGUCAAGUCAGUCGGAUGACAUUCUAAACAUUAGCCGAGCAACGGCGGUCAUCUUAUUGUUCGGCUAUCUUGUGUUCGUCUUUUUUCAGAUGCGAUCGCACCACGGCCUUUACGAGGAGGCUCUCCACGCCGAUGAACACAAGGAUGCAGACAGGCACAGGGAUCUCUACAAGCAGAAGCUGACCUUCACCGAAUGUGUCGUUGCAAUUGCCAUUGCGAUCACGUGCGUCGCCUUCAUGGCGAUCUUCCUUGUCGAGAAGAUCGAAUACAUUGUCGAGAAGAGAGGAAUCAAAGAUGCCUUCCUCGGUCUCAUCCUUGUUCCCCUGGUGGAGAAAGCGGCAGAGCAUCUCACAGCCGUUGACGAAGCGUGGGACGAUCAGAUGAACUUUGCGCUGUCCCACGUGCUCGGAGCCUCCAUUCAGACCGCCCUCUUCAACGCCCCUCUCGUUGUGAUCGUCAGCUGGGGCCUCGGCCAUCGCAUGGAUUUCAACUUCGAGAUCUUCGACGCCGGCGUUCUCAUUCUUGCCAUCCUGGUCAUUGGCAACUUCCUCCGCGACGGGAAAUCAAACUACCUCGAGGGCGUGCUCUGCGUGCUCGUGUACAUGAUCAUUGCCAUCUCCGCAUUCUUCUACCCGAAUCCGACCACCGGUCACGAGACGAGCUCGGGCAGCACCGCAGAAUCAACGUCCGCAGAGGAAGUGGCUCAUGCAAUCAUCAAAAUGGCCAGGCAGGCCAAGAUGAUAUGAGAACGGACUUUGUGCGAGAACAAGAAAUCGUCGCUUAUAUUUUUUUUUUUCCUUUUAGGUCCCCUUUGGGAUUGAGCACGCACGCCGCUCCCCCGGGGUGCCGUACGCAAAAUGGCAUCUACAUUCGAUGGGAAAGAUCAUCCGGACAAGUGCAGUUCUUGCUGGAGACGCUAGCUUGAGCCAUAGUUGGGCGCUGCAUUUAGCGACGGUGUUUUGGGAAAAGAAAUCAUUCACGUUCGAAGCAUUGAGGUUUAAUAGUGAGAAGAAACAAAUUGGGCAUUUCCCUUUCUGCAA